AGGUUCAUAGAAAUGGUGUCGUUAUGUCUGAUGAUGAAGACUCCUCAAGCAAGGAGCAUGUCUGCGCAGGUUGUUCACAGGUGAUUGAGGAUGAGACGUUUGUUCAGGCGCUAAAUCGGGAUUGGCAUGCUUCCUGUUUUCGGUGCUCCAAGUGCAAUAAAUGUCUUUCCAACUGGUACUUUGAGAAGGAUGGCCACCUGUACUGCCGGUCUGACUACUGGUCCAAGUUUGGAGAGGCCUGCAAUGGGUGCUCAGAACUUAUAGUAGGGCCAGUCAUGGUUGCCGGAGACCACCGAUACCACCCAGAAUGUUUCCAGUGUUUUCACUGCUCGUCAUACAUCGGUGAUGGAGAUCCAUAUGCCCUGGUCGAGAGGUCCAAACUCUUCUGUGGAAUAUGUUACAAGAAGGUCGUGACACCACUACUAGCUGCCACUCCGGAGCGUCGCAAACUGCACUCGAUCCAGCUGGUGGAGAUCCCCCCCACACCUGACAGACAGCGGGGGGUGUCGCUCUCAGUCCACAGACAGGUCUUACGGCCAACAGAGAGAGACAACCACGGGCCCAGGAUGGCACCGCUCAUCAAAAUCACAGAGUUAGAUCUCAGUCCGGAACUGGAAGCUUUAAAAAUUGGUGAUUGUAUCUUGGAGGUGAAUGGGACCGCUGUGAAAGACAAGUCAAUAGAAGAGAUUGACAAGUUGUUGAAGAACAACCCCAACGUGCUGCAUGUCACUGUGGAGCGAGAUCCGUCACCUCUACGUCACCCUCUCCCACUGGACACGCUGUCACCUCCACCAACCUCAACGCCGUCACCACUGUCUCCAACAUCACCAUCAUCGUCAACAUCAACGUUAUCUCCAUCCAGCAGCACUGUGUCCUCGCCUGAACAAGUGAUGGUCAACAACGUGCCCGUCCGGCUCAGACAGAAGUCAACACUCAAGGCACGCCACUGUAGUCCAAACCGGCGGAGGAGUAAGUCCCCUUCACCAGUCCCACCAUGUAAGCAGAGAAGUGUUGACCUUGGGAGGUCGCACUCAUUGAGGAUGCAAUCUCAGUCCCACCGAGUCUUCCGCGCCAGUGACCUGCAGCAUGGAGAAGUGCUGGGUCAGGGAUUCUUUGGUCAGGCUGUGAAGGUAACACACAAAGUGACCGGUGAGGUGAUGGUUUUGAAAGAACUUUUUAGGUUUGAUGAAGAUGCCCAAAAGAGUUUUCUUCAUGAGGUUUCUGUGUUGCGCAAUUUGGAUCAUCCUAAUGUGCUCAAAUUUAUGGGUGUUCUUUACAAAGACAAAAAGCUCAAUUUAAUCACAGAUUAUAUAGCGGGUGGCACUUUAACUGACAUUCUACAUGACAUCAGUCGAGACAUUCCGUGGGUUGAGCGGAUCAAGUUUGCACGCGACAUUGCUGAUGGUAUGGCGUACCUGCAUUCCAUGGGUAUCAUGCACCGGGAUCUCACAUCACACAACUGUCUAGUCAGAAUGGAUAAAUCUGUUGUUGUCGCCGAUUUUGGACUUGCCAAAAUUAUGCCAAAGCAACUGGAGAUCCAUAUGAUGGAGAAGGAACGGGACAAGAAACCGAAGUCAACAAAGCGCCGAUUCACGCGGCGGAAACGUUACACAGUAGUUGGCAGCCCUUACUGGAUGGCUCCAGAAAUGAUGACCACAGGCAUAUAUGAUGAGAACGUGGAUAUAUUCUCAUAUGGCAUUGUUGUUUGUGAGAUAAUAGCGCGGGUACCGGCUGACCCAGACUACAUGCCUCGUACGAUCGACUUUGGUUUGAACAUCGACGUGUUCAGCAGCAGACUGAGUCCUGAUUACCCAUCAUCCUUCCUCAAGCUGGCGGCCAUGUGUACACAGAUGUCGCCGGAUAACAGGCCCAACUUUGAUAAGAUAACCCACCUGUGCGAGGCUCUUCACCUGAACGCGGAGCACGGGAUGUCACUGCCGUGCGAGCUCCAGGACGACCCCGUCGUCUUCUACCACAGGGUCAAGGAGAAGUUCUACAGUGAAAAGAACAAUGAGAAAGACACCAAACCAACACAAUGCAAACGAUCUAGUCUGGAGGUUAUAGAGGAACAGAAUAAGAUAAACGGUCAAAUUAGUGCGGAAUCAGUCGAGUCAUCACCAAAAACGUGUCCAGAUGCUUGAGUCGUGUUUUGUUAUAUUUGUCUGUUAGAUGUUAAAGUGAAAUUUUAUAUAGCUAGCCUUAAGAGCAAAUGUUAUGUUUUGACUGUUAGAGACAUUGAAAUGAAAUUUUAGUAGCUUGCCUCAAGAGCAAAUGUUACGUGUUGACUGUUAACAGAUGUUAAAAUGAAAUUUGAGCUAGCUUGCCUCAAGUGCAAAUGAUAUGUUUUAGCUAGCUUGCUACAACUGCAAAAGAGCUAUUAAUUUUGUACCUUGAAUAUUAAAUUCAUCAUGACUGAAAUGAUUAGAGCAGGUUUUUUUGACCUGUUGAUAUUUUCAGCUACUAAACUUAUUGUACAUAUCAUAAGGAAGCUAAAUUGUUGGGUGAUGACAAUUUUGAAGAAGAAGAAAAAGAUCUUUUUCCUUGAAAAAUGGUGUUGAGAAUAUUGUCACAGUGUUGUCAGAUAAUCAAGAGACAUCAUGAUGGAUAUGGAAUGUGAAGGACAGUUUUAAAGAUGAAGAAAGCCAAAUUAUUUAUCUUGAUUGAAGUGGGUGUCUUGUAGCAGAAGCAGAUCUAGAAGGAGGAGGAUGUGUGUGCGAAUCCUGCUAGAACUCUGAAGUGCCUAGAGAAUCCAGUGUUUAACAAAUGUAUAUAAUGAGGUUGUUUUUUGUGAGGGGAUGAGGAGAAUAAGGAUGUAAUAUCAUGGUUAACUAGACGAAUCUGGUUGUAUAUUUAUAUAUGACAGAGUACUUUAGAAUACUAUUGGGGCCCUUUUUUAAAGUUGCACCCUUUCACUAGAAAAAUGUGUCUGCCCCUGUGCAGUGAAGCCAAAUAGUGUCCGCAUUCUUGAGAUCUGAAGGGUUGGCAGUGUUUAUGGUUACAAAAUUGAUGGUGAGCAAUAAACUCUUUUUUUAGGAGAGCAAUUGGAAUGAAAACAAAUCUGUGAGGUAUUGUCAGAUUUACCCAAUAUCUAAAAAGUAUAUCAGCAUGUGACCAGGCAAGCAUGUUUUUUACCAUGUAGAAAUGGUUUUGUACGAGUACCCACGAACGGGCACACACGAGCGAGAGCAUUUGUUCACAUCAAGGACUGUGUGGGCGAUGUGGUAAUGAUGUAAUUAUUAUUAGUCUGGCUGAAUCAUCUAUUUAUUAUUACAGGCUUAGGCUCCGAUCUCAAGAGGCAUAGCAUGAGGUUUUGACAGUAGGAAGGGAGACCUCGAUAAAGAGUGGUCAAACAUUACAGGCCAAAUUUACGAAACCUGUUUUUCUUCAACGUAUGUGAUUAAUCAUUGUAAAUAUUCAUUAAAAGGAAAAAGAAAAAAAAACAGUCUGUAAAUUCAGGCCCUAGGUGCUGUCAGUAAAUAAUAAAAAUAGUUAUUUGAACUAGUUUCCAUGCCUUGUUAGUAAAUAAGAAGGGAAUAGUUUAACUAGUUUUCACACCCAGCCAGUAGAUAACAAGAAUGAUUUAAACUACUGUUAGUUGUCAUAUGCCACUAAAUGCUGAGAGGGAGUUUCUAUACUAUACAAGUAAAUGAUCAGUGAGUAAUACAAUAUAUACAUAUAACAAUGCAGUAAUACAGUGUUUUAUAUUGAGAAUGUUAUUCAUUAGGAAUUUUAUUCCUUCACAGGUUUGUUGGUGAAAUAUCACAUGCACAGUUGGUGCUGUUCUAUUUAUAAUCUACAAAUUGUCUGCUUUGAUAGUGAUAUGUGGAUAAUAUUGCACUCAGUGCUAAAAUAGUUUGAGGUUGUUAUUUAUUUUAUUCUUCAGUUUUUAGAAUUUAUAUAUAUAUAUAUAUAUGUAGAUAAAUUACUGGUCCUACAAGAUGGUAUUAUGGCAUUUAUUUUAAAAUCUUAAAUAUUUGUGCUACACAUAUUGGAGGUGCUGAUGUAUUUGUUUAUUUGUUGUUGUUUAGAAAGCAGGAUCUAGAUUAGUCUAUCACUUGGACCUGUACAGAGAUACUAUUUUUAGACAGGAUGAUGACUUUAUAGUUUUGAUGUUUGUAUAGUCACACUGCUGCAGACAUAUGUAUUUAGGUAUGUAGCCACCUCUACUAAUUCUCUUGACUCACCAAAUUUGGCUUCCCUAAUGCACAUUGAUGUGCUUUAAACUGGAUUUGAUAAUGUUAACCAUUUACAUACCAACUGCUAAUUUAAAGUGCAUCAAACUCCAAGCCACUGAAAGUAUUUGGUGUGUGUUCACCAAUUAUGGUUAAGAUAUAAUAGCAGUGUUCCAUUGCUUUCAUAUGUCAUUCAGUCUGAGGCUGUCUAGUCACUUUCAUAUGACGUGACAGUGUAACUGGAACCGAACCAAAUAGCAUUCAGCGCCAACUAACCAGAACAGGUAGUGAAUUCCAACUUCGACAUGUGAAAGUGGAAUGGGUUCAAAGUGAACUGAAGCGCUUUGUAACCGAAGUUGGUUUAGUAACAACUGAAAAUUACCAUACUGAAUGUGCAUUGAUUCACAUCAAAACUCUUUGUGUCUUUGGCGUGUCAGCGGUAUUAGAAACCAUCUUUCUUACAAGACCAUCUUGUGAUUCUUCCAAGUCAUUUAGUAGACCUGGCCUCUUUAUCCAACAGCUUUAUAGAGCUGCUUAACACAGGUUUUGUUGUAUAUAUAGGCCACAUUUUACGCAGCGAUCUUAGCGCUUAAAUGUGAAGCUACGAUAUGCACUUAGGUGAUCUUGGUGCUAAGAUUGCUUCAUAAAAUGGGGUCACAGUUGAUAUUGAUUGAUAUUAGAUGCAAGGUUCAUAUACAUAUACAUGUAUGUUUUACAUUUUGAAAAUGGACAUUUUAUAAUUCCAUUUGCUUAUAAAUACUGGUUUGCAAAUGGGACCAUAUCAAUAUUUAUGUAAAUAUAAAUUAUUAUAAGUGAUGUGCAGUUAAUAUAUAAGCACAGUUACUGUAGGCAAUAAUUGACCGACUAGAUAUUUUGUUCAUAACAAGGGCAGUAUGGCAUGUGUUUGAGGUUUGUAAUCUGAUUAUUAAUACUGAAGGCAAAAUAGUGCUAAAAACCUGAGCAAUGUGGUUACAUAAGAUAACACUAGAUAAUGUAUUCUUUAUGAAGACGUUGUAAAUUGGAGCGGUGAAUCGACAUUUUGUAAUUAUUUCAUUUCAUUGUUUGUUGAUUGCUUUGUGUGUUCUUUCUCAAAACAGUUUGAUAUCCAGGUACUUCUCUCAGAUUUUAUCUAUGCAGAAAUUUAUCAUAUGCAAUGUUUAUUGUGCCUAGAUUUACACUGAUCUACUAAAUAAUGAAUUUUAUGUGUCUUUUACACAUAUUGCUAUUAUUUUUUGCUUACUGUUGUAAGCUAACCAUAUUUUUAUUUUAUGCUGCCAAAAAGCAAUGACCAAUUGGGCUAUUUCUCGUUCCAGCCAGGCCUUGGUAUGUACUACCCUCUCUGUGGUAUGGUGCAUGUAAAAGAUCCCUUGCUGCU